AUGGGGGACGAUCCGGGGAGGCUUUAUCGUUUGGAUGGAGUUGCUCAUAUCGCCGGGGUGAUCAACGACGAGGUUAGUGCGGUUUUUGUUAAUGUGAUUGUUGUAUUUGUUGAUGGUUUUUGCACGUGGUUCAUGUUAGCGGUUUGUGUAUACAAUGUUGGUUGCCUGUUUCAUCCUCGUCGUUGCAUAUCCAGCGUUAGGCGGCAGCAGGGGAUGCGUCUUGAUGAGAGGUACGUUCCGUACUUGCAGAUGGCCGGAUUGUACCAUCUUGCGAGACUGAACGACAGAUGGUUCCGACUAGACGAGCCCCUAGUCAGCGCAUUCGUCGAGAGGUGGCGGCCUGAGACGCACACCUUCCACAUGCCGUUCGGGGAGUGCACCAUCACGCUUCAGGACGUUGCAUACCAGUUGGGGUUGCCAGUGGACGGACAUUACGUCAGUGGUUGCUUGACGGACUUCCACCUGUACAUUGAGGGUGGGAGGCCAGCUUGGCAGUGGUUCCAUGAGUUGCUCGGGGUUUUACCUCCCGAGAACCAGGUUCAGAAAUUCGCAGUCAACUGCACCUGGUUCCAGGAGACAUUUGAAGAGUGUCCCGACGGGGCUGAUGAGGAGACAGUUAGGCGCUUUGCCCGUGCCUAUAUCAUGAUGUUAUUGGGCACGCAGCUGUUUGCCGACAAGUCCGGCAAUCGUAUAAACAUCAGAUGGCUAUCGUAUGUUGCUCGGCUUGAGGAGAUGGGUGGCUACAGUUGGGGGUCGGCGGCACUAGCAUGGUUGUACCGGUGCAUGUGCCGAGUCGCCAACAGACAUGUCGUGAAGUUAGCUGGGCCUUUACAGUUACUGCAGUCUUGGAUCUUUUGGAGGUUUCCUUCAUUUAGGCCUACUGGGUAUGAUGAGAUUAGCUGGCCCCUUUACUCGAGAUGGUCUGGUUACAAUCCUGGGAUUAGCAACAAGGGACCUCGGGUACAGAUGGCUCGCCUGAAGAUCGACUUGUUACAGCCUCGGGAUAUGCCGUAUAGCGCACUCGACGUCAUCCAGGUUGUCCAUCCGGAGGUCUUGGAGUCGCGGCAUACGAUGUUAUGGCGGUGUGUGACGUCGUUGAUUUAUUUUGCUGUGGUAGAGUGGCAUCAGGUUGAUAGAGUUUUACCGCAGUUUGGCGGCGUUCAGCCCCCCCGCGUCCCGCCCUGA